AAAAGCCGGUGUUGGGGGUGGAACUUCCGAAGCAGUCUGCAGCAGUUUGCAGCAUUCGGCAAGAUGGCGGAACGGGGUCUGUCUGGCUUCGUCAGAAGAAUAACAUAAUUUAUAUUAGCUAGCAAAGAAAAUAAAAUGGAGGAAAUAAAAUAUAGCUCUGACAGAGGAUUCGCCAGUGGAGGAUGAAUAGUGCCUAGAUCUGAGCAAUAUAAGCUGAAUGCAUUGUGAUUUCCAAUAAUUGAGACAGUGAUUCUAAAAAACUGUCUACAUUAAUGAAAAGAACAAUGUAGUCAUCUUAGCAUAUUCAACACUGGUACAUGGUCAAUACAGGGAUUUUUUUAUUCUUCUAAAUAUUGUGUGCAAUGUGCUUCUGCAUGCCUUUUAGCUGAAAGCUUAUGAGAAAUAAUUGCCAAAACAGUCAGGGUGACCCAUAGAGCAGUUGUAUUUAGUAAUUCAUAAGAAACAGUCAACAUGGAGAUGGAUGACAUAAUACCCCCCUUACCGUUGGAGCCACCUGAUGAUUUGAACUCGGAGGGCCUUAAUGGUAAAGCGCAGCCUCCAACACCCCCCCUGCAAACGUCCAGUGACGCAGAGGAAAUGGACGUUAGCUCUGGUGGUGAUGGACACACACACACCCCAGCAGGGGGCCAGGGCCUCCAAACCAAGGGCUCCAUAACCUUCAUUAAUAACCUGUCAGAUGAGGCCGAACCCAGCACCUCGUGCCCUAGAACAGCCCGCCACGCACCCCCUGUCACCAAGUUUCUGCCAGACCUCAAAUUACUCAGAGACAUUAAGAUCAGUGUCAGUGUCGUAGAUACCAGUAGGAGCAAAGAUAGGAAGGUGCUGUACACAGGGAUAGGUCAGGAGGGUGGUGGUGAAGGGGAGACCAGCUCAGAGAGCCUUAAUGGUGAGUUUUAUGAUGCUGAUACAGAGCCAGGGGCUGUGGAUGGUAGCUCAGGGCUUGGGGUGGUCGGUGUCAGUGCAGGGAGGAGAGGGGAGGAGGCAGAGGCAGACCUGGAGAACAAAGUGGAGUUUGCGGUCCUAGAUGAGCUGGAGGACUUCAGUCAGGACUUCCUGGACACGGAGGAUGUGCAGCAGGGGGGGUUCAGGUCAGAGGUCAUAGUUCAACAGGAUCAUGCUGACGAAGAGAACCUGAAUAUCGCAUAUGAGGAGGACUUUGACAAUGAUGUAGACGCUCUGCUGGAGGAGGGCAUGCCCGUGCCCAAAAAGAUGCGCCUGGCAGAGGGGGCUGUUGAGUAUGCAGGAGACAGUGAUCACGCAUCCGACAGGGAUGUGGAGGGAGGUGUUCAGCCCAUGAUGACCAAAAUUAAGACAGUCUUGAAGAGUCGUGGGCGUCCACCCACUGAGCCACUACCUGACGGAUGGAUCAUGACAUUCCAUAACUCUGGCAUUCCAGUCUACCUGCACAGAGAGACCAGAGUGGUGACCUGGUCCAGACCUUACUUUCUGGGGUCCGGGAGCAUCAGGAAACACGACCCUCCCACCAGUAGCAUCCCUUGCCUGCACUAUAGGAAGAUGAAGGAUCGCGAGGAGAGGGAACAGAACGGAGAGGUGACGCCCAACGCUGAAGUGUCUCCGGUGAAGCCUGGGGAGGAGGCAGACUCCGUGGAGAGACCAGACGAGCCUGACUCCACUGCCCAGGAGGACCCUACCACUGUGGGCCUGGGGGAGGGACAGGUGGAGAUAGGGACAGGCCUGGUCACAGAGGGGACCAUAAAGGGGUGCCCUGUCCUGCAUGGCAAGAUGCCCCACUCCUGUGAGAUGGCCCAGGGGGCUCUGGGACAGGUCAGGGCCAAGGUGGAGGUGUGCAAAGAUGAAUCGAUAGAAAUUGAGGAGUUCCGCAGCUACCUGGAGAAGUGCUUUGACUUUGAACAAGUGACUGUGAAGAAGUUCCGUACCUGGGCAGAGCGCAGGCAGUUCAACAGGGACAUCAAGAGGAAACAGGCUGAGUCAGAGAGACCCAUUCUGCCUGCCAACCAGAAACUCAUCACUCUGUCUGUAUCAGAUACCCCCACCAAGAAAGAGUUUGUCAUUAACCCAAAUGGGAAAUCUGAAGUUUGCAUCCUACAUGAAUAUAUGCAACGUGUCUUAAAGGUCCGACCUGUUUACAACUUUUUUGAAUGUGAGAACCCAAGUGAACCCUUUGGAGCCUCCGUCAUAAUAGAGGGAGUGACAUAUGGCACAGGAACUGCAAGCAGUAAAAAACUUGCCAAGAAUAAAGCUGCUCGAGCCACACUGGAGAUUCUCAUCCCUGACUUUGUGAAGCAGACGUCUGAGGAGAAGCUUGUAGAAGGGGAUGAACUGGAGUAUUUUAAUCAUAUCAGUAUUGAAGAUUCAAGGGUGUACGAACUGACCAAUAAAGCAGGAUUACUCUCGCCAUAUCAGAUUCUACACGAGUGCCUUAAGAGAAACCAUGGAAUGGGUGACACCAGCAUCAAGUUUGAGGUGAUCCCAGGAAAGAACCAGAAGAGUGAAUAUGUGAUGACGUGUGGAAAGCAUACCGUGCGCGGAUGGUGCAAGAAUAAACGUGUUGGGAAGCAGCUGGCGUCUCAGAAGAUCCUACAGAUGCUGCACCCUCACGUGAAGAACUGGGGGUCACUGCUCCGCAUGUACGGCAGAGAGAGCAAUAAGAUGGUAAAAAAGGAAAAUUCAGACAAGAGUGUGAUUGAACUUCAGCAGUAUGCCAAAAAGAACAGGCCAAAUCUUCACAUCCUGAACAAACUGCAAGAGGAGAUGAGGAAACUGGCUAAGGAGAGGGAGGAAACCAGGAAGAAGCCCAAGAUGACCAUAAUGGAGUCAGCCCAGCCUGGUAGUCAGCCCCUCUGCACUGUUGACGUCUAGGAACCAUCACUGCAACCAAUCUAACAUGGCACUGACCAAUGGUAGCCAUAGUCACUGUCCGAUUUUAAAAGCCACUCCACCAUCCAAUUAUGCAUCAUUGUAAAAUGGCAAUACAACUGGACAUUUCUAGUAUAGCGGUGGUCAUCUUCUUAGCACUGUCUCCAAGCUGUUUAUUAUUUACUCCAAAGGUAUUUUUGAUUAAUUGUUAGUGGGUAGGAAUAGGACAAAUGCACUAACAGACAGUAGAGUUAACACCAUCUACCUCUAGAUGCAAUCUCUACACAGUGGCACUUCUAUAAAUUGAACCAUAGGGGUUGCAGACAGAUCGGUUGAGAUGACUUGACAUGUAUCUAAGAUCCACAAGAAAUUGUCAGCCUGUUUACUGUGCGUAGUAAUAACUGCUGACAACCACUAGACCCCUCACCCCUUCAUUUAUAUUGCAUUGAUAAUACGCUCCAAAUAUAACCUAAAGUACCUGAUACUUUACAGACUGAACAUUCCUAACAGGUUUCCUUGUAUACUUAAAGCAUUGCCUAUUCUCACGGAUUAGUUUGCUCUCUCUGCUUUUGCUAUACAGGUACGCUGUGGGAAACUGAUUUAUAUGCUGUUGUCAUUGGAAAUUGAUGUCGUGUAUAAUUUGGAUGGCCAACUUCAUUUGCUUGUGAACCUGUUAAGAAAAAAGUGAUAUAUU